CCGUGAUCCCGUAGAAACACGAUUGAGGUCGUGAUAACGAGCCAUGGAGUGGAUCGAACUGCGGUGUAAGCAUUUCGUUUGCUGAACGAAUUGUCGACGGGUCGUCAGACGGUUCAUUAGACUCGUGGAUAGACACAGAAGACACCAGUUGUUCCCGUUAACCAGCACUGGAAAGCAUUCCACGUUUGUUCGAGAAACGACGACGAUCGGUCAGUGCAGAACACAUUGCAGCCGCGUUCAAAUCGUUCGAUGAUUCGCAUUUCUCAUUUGGUCCAGUGAAGUGCAUUACGGAGGGGAAACUCGCGUUUGAGUUCCGUUCGACACUUUCCCUUUCGACGCGGUGCUAAGCGUCCGAGAGAAGAUCGCAUGAGAGUGGAAAGUUGCGUUGCAUCGAAAGGAUGCCAGGCAUCCGAGGUCUUUUGUUCGUCUUUUGGUGCCUCGAUAUCCUCGCGAUCUGUGCCACGGACAACACGACCCACGCUCCGAGGACCCUGUCGAGGCGCAAAAGGUACUUGAUUUUUCCGGAAGGCAGCAACGUGCAGUUGGUGUUUUGCUUAACAGUAGGAACCUACGCGAAAGAGAACGAUGUGGUGAUGGGGUUAACUGCAGCUCUAGCCUGGGAGUUGCCGAGCAAAGUCGACGAGAAGGUUGCGCAGUUGCUUCAUCGAAAGAGCAGAAGCGUCAUGUUCCCGAAGAUAGAGGCUUUACUGCAAUCCACUGGCCUGGAUGGAAGAGCUUGCGUGCUGAAAGCUCUGUGCGAGGCCGCCCAGAGGAACCCUUCGGAUCUUGGGAAAGGGAGCCUGGUUCAAGAGCUAUUGCACGCCAUCUUCACGCUGCCUAGGGACGGCGGGCGUUUCGAACGAUCGGAAGAUCAAGCUUACGAGCAGGCGCACCAGAGCGGACAGGAUUGCGGCCAUCUUUAUCCGACUUGCCGUCACUCCAUUUACGAGCUCGAGUUCUGAGGCCAAAGUAACCAGGAAUUGAACGCAUUCGUAUGCGUGUGCAAACGUUGACCGCGUUUCACGGGUGGACUUUUCCUGGCUGCUCGCCCGUUCCACGCUGAUUUUUCAACCUGAACCACACCACCACUCUUCCGUUUUCGAUGCAACUUAGUUCGCAUGAUUGUGCAACCAACUUGCGUGGAUCUUUGUAUCUUGGCUGCAAUUUUGUGUCCAGUGCGAAGGACAGUCUUCUCGGACAAACAGGAUGUUCUCGGAUAUGACUGGUGCUUGGGUGAAUUUUUGAAUGUAGAACGUAGAAUCGCGAGACGCGUCAUGUUGUCGAGAAACUGAUAUACGUGUCUUCCCCUUAGCUAGUUUUGUUAAUAGAAGAAAUGAAUAAAGAGACAGCUGCACCUUCUUAAACAACCUGUAAAUUCAUAGUCAAGUAAUAUUUGUGGCAAUAGUUUUGCACUUUUGAAUAUGAAAUCUUCACAUUCAGAAAUGCGAUUUAAAUGUUGUUGCUGUCUCUUUGUUAUAAAUGAUUCGAUAGUUGAAGAGAGGCAUACUUACUCUCACAUGACAAACAUUGUUAUUCAGAAUUUUCUUCUGUUAAAGUCACUUUUUCGAGUUUUGAAGAUCAUCGAUAUCUUUUAGAUAGAGUAGAUAUUUCCUAAUGCACCUACCAGUGCAUUAUUCUAUUCUUUAUGAGAAAGUAUUAAAGUAAAGUCACAGUAUCUUGUGUUUAUAUUUUAUUUUAUCUUGCAAUAAUUAACGGCUAAUUUCAGAGAAAGUGAAAAGAAAUAUAUUCUGUUCUAACGCGAGAGAAAGAUUAUUAAAGCUUUGCGGGAAUAAUUUGUAACACGCAGUUCUAGUACGACUAAGGUACAGGCUCAGUCCAAAGUGAUAUUUGGAACAAAGGCUGUUCUUUACUAAUCUAUUUAAAAAGAGGAGCUUGGAAUUAACGAGCAAAGCUGCAUGUUUAUACCCAUAAUUCUAUCGUUUCUCUUAUUUUUAAUCGAAUUAAAGUGCUUCAAACGGUCCAUUUUUCUUUUCCCCAAUAUUUUAUGCGGUUCAUUCAACGAUUUCGCGGCUGAAUUUCAAAGAUUUCACGGUCGAUCUUUCGUCGGUUGUAUAUUUCAUCUGUAUAUCGCGGCAAACGUCACCGUUGUCGACGACACGUAAUUCGUUUUGCAUUAACAAAAUGGUGAACCGAGUGACCGCGGAUUUAUAGUUCAUUUCGGUGGAGUGGUGCCGCCGGGAGCCCGUCAUUCUCAACCCUUUUGUAAACGGACCGGACGGAAAAAUAAAAGGAAGGAAAAGAAAAAUGGAACAGAACGAAAAAAAAGACGAAACCUGCGUUAUUUAAAUGUCCAAUAUUUAACCAGCAAAUAUAACGACUAAACGCAUUCGUGACGUUUAUUUUCUUUUUUUUUUUUAUGUUGUUAAUCCAAGUACAUCGCACGUAGAACACUAGCUUCAACGAAAAAAAUCAAAAUUUCCACUCGAUUCUCUCGAGUAAAAUAACUUUAUCGCUGUAGUCCACUUUUUCACUGUUACUUUAAUCCGAUUUAUGUAGACUUUCAUAUGGAUUUUGUUUUAAAGACUAAGGAGGGGGAUAAGGUUUCGACGAUAACAGAGAGAUGGAGAGAGAUAAUUAAACUCAUCCGUAGCAAUUUGUAAACGCAUUAACCUUCCAAUUAUGCAAUUUCCAAUGUUUACGCGAUUCGCACGAGCUUUAAUGGCGAAUCUGAGGUAACAAAUUAUUUUUGGUAUUAAUUGAAAUGUUGUAAUAUCGCGUAAAGAGCAUGAUUUUCGUAUCGUCAGGUCGAUGUAGAUACAGCUGAGUCAGUUGUACAAUGCAUUCGUUGGUACCAUCGAGAUAAAAUUUGAAUGGAAUCCUGCUUUCGCCGUUCCUUUUCCAAUUCAAUAAAAAGGAAGGCUCGGAUAAAAUUAUAUUCACUUUUAAAAAGUAAAAGAUGUAUCCUGCCUAAUAUGAAAAUGUUCCAUCAAUAAAGUUUGAAGCCAUAAUAUACAUUCUGCCCUUGCUUUUUGUCAGAGGAUCCUCUAUGUUCUUUCACAAAAACCUCUCAAGAAAAUUGGACCAAGAUCGUCAUUCUAUGAACCUGAUGUUGAAACUCAUUUUUUAAAAUUAAAGAUUGUUCGCGAGGAAAUUAAACUUUGAUGAUCUGCAACAAAGGAAUGAAAAUGAGAUACGUCGCUUCGUUAAUAGAAAAAUCUUUCUCCAAGUUAUUCUUAAAAUACAAAUUGGCAAAGUAUAGCACAGUGGACGUACGUAGUGACGUGUAUACUAAAUAAUAAAACGCACAAUACUGUUGCUAUAUCUUUGGCAAAAGUCAGGUCCCAACGUGGUGCCAUAUAUGACGUGAGUGGAUUUUAUUCGAACAAUGAAUAAGGUUUUAUUUUGCUACACAUGGAAUGUUACUGACGACGAGAACAAAAGCAUAAGCACUAUUGCGAGUUACUAAUGUACUCAUUCGAGUGCACACACAAACACAUACACACAAGUGAGAUGUAAGUAUUCUCAACAUCUUUUAAUAGACAAUUUAAAAUAGUCUUCCUAUUUCACAGGAAGAUAAUAAAUGUAAGUUGUAAUUAUGUCUUGCUACAAAUCGAGUAAAGUAUGCCAAUAGUCAUGAAUGGUAUUGUAUAUUAGAUGAAAAUAUACAAUUACCUACGUCUAU